GAGCAGCUGACGCUGAUAACAAGUGAUGUGACGCGAGGCAAUUACUGGCGAGAUAUCUGUCGUUGACUGAUUGACCUUAAUUACGCGGCUUCUGGUCAGAACCAAUUUAAAUGAGUGUAGUCAAGCAUUGCCCGCACAUCUUGUCACGAAGUGACCAACUCUUCCGGCAGCUCUGUUCAACAAACGGUAUUUCUAUGCGGACCCUGCCAGUUUUACCGGCCAUGGAUGAAGUCAUCAACAUUUGGAAAGAAGCAGAUGCAGUUUGCUUUGAUGUUGAUUCGACGGUAAUCCAGGAAGAGGGCAUUGAUGAGUUGGCUAAGUUCUGUGGUAAAGGCACAGAAGUACAAGCCAUGACAAGGAACGCAAUGGGAGGUUCCAUGGGUUUCCGGGAGGCGUUGACAGCAAGGUUAAAUAUUAUACGACCGACGAUGACACAAGUGAGAGACUUCAUCCGUACCAGGCCUCCGAGGUUGACACCGGGUAUCAAAAAACUAGUGGAGUGUUUGCACCAGAGAAGUAUACCUGUCUAUUUGGUGUCGGGAGGAUUCCGUGGUUUGAUAGGGCCCAUAGCAAUAGAACUCAAUAUUCCACUACAGAACAUUCAUGCCAAUAAAUUGAAAUUUUAUUUUAACGGAGAAUAUGCAGGGUUUGACGAAAACGAGCCAACUUCCCGGAAUGGGGGGAAAGGAGAAGUGAUAGGCUUACUGAAGAAGGAGCAUGGCUACAGUAAAAUUGUUCUAAUUGGAGAUGGAGCAACGGAUUUGGAGGCCUGUCCACCAGCAGAUGCUUUUAUUGGCUAUGGUGGGAAUGUCAUUCGAGAAGAAGUCAAGAACAGGAGCAAGUGGUACGUUACAGAUUUCCAGGAACUGAUUGACGUUUUAUGACCCCAGCCUAAAACUUAGGUUUUUUGUCUUCCGGUUGUUAUUCUGUUACGUUUUAAUUCUUUCUGUCUCAUAGGAUCUUAUUAUAUUUACAAAAAGCAUCUGUACAUUUCUCUGUUGUAUGUAAUGUGUUGUCACUGUCACGAUGUUAAAAUUGUCGUAGCACGUAUCUUUUUUGAAAAUAAUGUAUUUUUUGUCAGUGGUUAACAAAAUUAUACCAUGAAAUAAGAACAUGAUUGGGAUUACUAAUUUUAUUUUUGAUUGUGAACAUUUGUAUUUACAUUCCUGUAUUCUUCAAAGAUACAAGUUUGUCUUAGUGUUGACUUGACAUGUUAAAAUUUCUGACACUCUGUUAACGUAAAAGUUAUUAGAAUGUUUAUUUUUAUGUAUCCAUGUAUAAGUGAGGUUUUAUCAAGGUACAUAUUAACAAUUUUGUUUUUAAUAAUGUAGCUGUAUUGAUUUAGUUCUAAACAAUCAAAUGUAAGCUUGACUGUUUAUAAAUCAGUGAUAUCAGGAAAGCUGUGAAUGUUAUAUUUUUGUACAAACGUCCUCUACUUAAAAUGUUGUUAUUUAUUAAUGUGUACAUUUUGUAUUAUUUUCGUAACAUCAUCAAUAAUGGAAAUACAAUCAAAUUUUUACAAGAUGA